AUGGGUGCAGGAGUUGGUCUCACUAUCGGCUUCAUAUUUGGAGGAUUCACCGUUCUGAGGGGCGGUGCGGGCCCUCGAGGAGUAUUACCAACUCUAUCUCAGUACAUGCUUAGCAGUGCUGCAACAUUCUCUUUCUUCCUUGCUAUCGGCUCUGUCAUUCGUAACGACGCGAACUUGCCGCCACAUCUGGAAGCCGCACGGCUACAGCUCACAUCACCAGUCAUAGCUUCGAGGGUAGAAGGUUUGGGUCUCAUGAGACGACGCUGGGCAAUAGAGCGGGGACAAAAGGACAACUGA